AUGCAAAUAGAUUCCAGCACAAGGAUCCUUGUACUUCCAGAUAAUGUGCCGUCGUUCAAGAUAGUCAAUAUCCCAUCACCAGUGGAUCUUUCCAAAACCGUGACGGUAUUAUUCUCUGAAAAUCAACUUUUUGAACUCAUCGAUGUUUCUGGAAACAACCCAUAUCAUGAUAAAAACAUUGAACUCCCCAAAACAUCAGGAUCAGUAAAAUCAUGGAUCUUUGAAACUCAAGAUCCAAUUUCUUCAGAAGAAAGUGGAUAUGUUAUACAGUCACCAAAUGUCACUUCGACUUCCAAAUUCAAUUUGACUUAUUUACUUAUAUCCAUUCUCUCUCAAUCAUCGGCAUUUGGGAAACGUUUUAUAACCCUAGAGGAUUUUGUGGAUACUCUUGGAAGCACAGUUACAGACAAUACUUGGGUUCAACAACUUUAUCCCUUGUAUGAAGCCAUUCUUCCAAAUAUUUGUGAUGCUAUGAUUGAAAAUGAUGAAACUUUUUAUCGUUAUUCUGAAGAACGAUCCAUAAAUUUUAUACAUGAAAAGGUCUUAAAAUUGACUGAUUUCAUCUCUAACUCCAUCAGUGCCAAGAAGGAUUAUCAAUUGGUUCAAUCAAUUCGCAAUAACCUUUAUGAAUCACUUGGUGAUGCGGAAACAAUUCCUGAAAAUAUACUCAAACAGGCUAUACAAAGAAAUUGUAUCGACUUGAUAUGUGGUUCUUAUUGUUCAAAGGGUAUUACCCAAGCUCUAUUUAAGAGUAAGAAUUAUGAUUUCUCAGAAUUGGACGCUUAUUUAGUUUCCCUUGUACAAAAAAAGAAGGACUUGGAGAUGGUGGAACAGAAUAUGAACUCUGUUGUAGAAACUACUAAAUCAGCAUCUAAAAAGAAAGCACCACCGAAAAAGGCUACAGCUUCAAGAAAGCCGGUAAAGAAGGUUGCCAUUGGUAAAGGUGCCUUGGAUGGAUUUUUCAAGAAGGCGUGA